AUGCCUUGCCCAUCGGGAUCCAAUGCGUUGGUUUUCUUCGUGAACGGGAGGAAGGUGACAGAAAGGAAUGCAGACCCAGAAGUGACUCUGCUGACCUUCCUACGAAAAAACUUAGGCCUCACAGGAACCAAAUAUGCCUGUGGAAGAGGAAGCUGUGGAGCCUGCACGGUUAUGGUGUCUAAGCACGAUCCAGUAUCCAAGAAGAUAAGACACUUCUCCGUCACUGCAUGCCUGGUGCCCAUCUGCUCUCUGUAUGGAGCCGCUGUCACCACCGUGGAAGGCAUUGGAAGCAUCAAAACCAGGCUUCACCCUGUGCAGGAAAGAAUUGCCAAGAGCCAUGGCACCCAGUGUGGAUUCUGCACUCCUGGGAUGGUGGUAUCUAUGUAUGCACUGCUCAGGAAUCACCUGCACCCCUCAGAGGAGCAGCUCAUGGAGGCCCUGGGAGGUAAUCUUUGCCGCUGCACUGGGUAUCGGUCAAUUCUUGAGAGUGGCAAGACUUUCUGUAUGGGGUCAGCUGACUGUCAGCAGAAAGGAACAGGAAAAUGCUGCAUGGACCAGAGAGAAAACCACUCCUCCUCACUGGACAGGAAAAGUGAUAUUUGCACAGAGUUAUUUGCGAAAGAGGAGUUCCAGCCGUUGGACCCAACCCAGGAGCUCAUAUUUCCCCCAGAACUCUUGAGGAUGGCCGAGAACCCAGAAAAGGGAACCCUGACCUUCUAUGGAGAGCGAGUGACCUGGAUCUCCCCCGGGACCCUCCAGGAUCUCCUGGAGCUGAAAGCGAAACACCCAGAAGCCCCUCUGGUCCUGGGCAAUACCUCACUGGGACCUGCAAUGAAAUCUCAAGGACACUUCCACCCAAUUCUCCUUUCUCCUGCUAGAAUUUCUGAGCUGAGUGUCGUGACGAAAACAAGUGAUGGACUAACCAUUGGUGCUGCCUGCAGCCUGGCCCAGGUGAAGGACAUCUUGGCUGAGAGCCUCUCUGAACUCCCAGAGGAGAAAACUCAGACAUACCGGGCCCUUCUGAAGCACCUGCGGAGUCUGGCAGGCCAGCAAAUCCGGAAUAUGGCGUCCUUAGGGGGUCAUAUUAUAAGCCGGCAUUGCUAUUCGGACCUGAAUCCAAUUCUUGCUGUGGGCAAUGCCACCCUCAAUCUGUUGUCAGAAGAAGGUACGCGGCAGAUUCCUCUCAAUGAACACUUUCUUGCUGGAUUGGCAAGCGCAGACCUUAAGCCAGAGGAGAUUUUGGAAUCCGUGUAUAUCCCUCACUCUCGAAAGUGGGAAUUUGUGUUCGCCUUCCGACAGGCUCAGUGCCUGCAAAACGCCUUGCCAGAUGUCAAUGCUGGCAUGCGAGUCCUGUUUAAAGAAGGCACAGACACCAUUGAGGACCUGAGCAUUGCCUACGGAGGUGUAGGGACUGCUACAGUCAGUGCACAUAAAUCCUGCCAGCAGCUCCUCGGCAGGCACUGGAAUGAGCUGAUGCUGGACGAGGCUUGCAGGUUGGUUCUGGAUGAAGUCUCCCUCCCAGGCUCAGCUCCGGGUGGCAAGGUGGAGUUCAAGAGGACUCUAGUAGUCAGCUUCCUCUUCAAGUUCUACCUAAAGGUUUUGAAGGAACUGAAGACCCUAGUAAGACAAUUCUCUGGCAGCAGUCGUUAUCCGGAAAUUUCAGAUGGGUUCCUAAGUGCUCUAGAAGAUUUCCCAGUCACAAUACCCCAGGGAGUCCAAACAUACCAGAAAGUGGAUUCUCACCAACCUCUUCGAGAUCCAGUUGGACGCCCCAUCAUGCACCUGUCAGGUCUUAAACAUGCCACGGGGGAAGCCAUGUUUUGUGAUGACAUUCCCAGGGUGGAUAAAGAACUUUUCAUGGCUUUGGUGACCAGUACCAGGGCUCAUGCAAAAAUUAUAUCAAUGGAUUUCUCUGAGGCCCUUGAACUACCUGAGGUGGUUGAUGUGAUAACAGCUAAAGACAUUCCAGGCACCAAUGGUGGUGAAGAUGACAAAUUGUUGGCUGUAGAUGAGGUACUUUGCGUGGGCCAGGUUAUCUGUGCUGUAGUUGCAGAGACAGAUAUACAGGCAAAGCAGGCAAUUGAAAAGAUAAAGAUUACCUAUGAGGAUCUGGAACCUGUAAUCUUCACCAUAGAGGAUGCCAUAAAACACAAUUCAUUCCUAUGCCCUGAAAAAAAACUUGAGCAAGGAAACAUUAAGGAGGCAUUUGAAAAAGUGGAUCAAAUUGUUGAAGGAGAGGUCCACGUUGGAGGACAGGAACACUUUUACAUGGAAACACAAAGAGUGCUUGUUAUUCCAAAGACAGAGGACAAAGAACUGGACAUUUAUGUGUCCACACAGGAUCCAGCCCACGUGCAGAAAACAGUGUCCUCUACUCUAAACAUCCCCAUCAACAGGAUCACCUGCCAUGUUAAACGAGUGGGCGGAGGUUUUGGAGGGAAGGUGRGAAGGCCAUCUGUGUUUGGGGCAAUUGCAGCAGUGGGUGCURUCAAAACUGGCCAUCCCAUUCGUCUUGUUCUUGAUCGUGAAGAUGACAUGUUAAUAACUGGAGGGAGGCACCCGUUAUUUGGAAAAUAUAAAGUGGGAUUCAUGAACAAUGGGCGGAUCAAAGCUCUAGACAUUGAGUGCUAUAUUAACGGAGGAUGCACACUGGAUGACUCAGAGCUGGUAACAGAAUUUCUUAUACUAAAGCUGGAAAAUGCAUAUAAAAUCCGCAACCUCAGAUUCCGGGGCCGUGCAUGCAUGACAAAUUUGCCAUCCAAUACAGCUUUUCGUGGGUUUGGCUUUCCACAAGGAACCUUGGUGACAGAAUCUUGCAUCACAGCUGUAGCAGCCAAAUGUGGCCUCCCGCCAGAAAUGAUUAGGGAGAAAAACAUGUAUAAAACAGUUGAUAAAACUAUCUACAAACAAGCAUUCAGCCCUGAGACCCUGAUAAAAUGCUGGAACGAAUGUCUGGAAAGGUCUUCCUUUCACAGCAGAAGAAUGCAAGUGGAAGAGUUCAACAAGAAGAACUACUGGAAGAAGAAAGGCAUUGCYAUUAUCCCCAUGAAGUUCUCUGUGGGCUUUGCUGCAACAAGCUUUCAUCAGGCAGCUGCACUUGUUCAUAUCUACACAGAUGGGUCUGUAUUGGUCACACAUGGAGGCAACGAACUGGGACAAGGGAUUCACACCAAAAUGCUGCAGGUGGCCAGCCGUGAAUUAAAAGUCCCCAUGUCUUAUCUGCAUAUCUGUGAAACAAGCACGGCAACAGUGCCUAAUACAAUUGCAACAGCAGCGUCCGUCGGUGCAGAUGUCAAUGGCAGAGCUGUGCAGAAUGCUUGUCAGAUCCUUCUGAAACGCCUUGAGCCAAUCAUUAAGAAAAAUCCAGAAGGCACAUGGGAAAACUGGAUAGAAGCAGCCUUUGAGCAAAGAAUCAGUCUCUCAGCCACUGGAUACUUCAGAGGCUACAAGGCCUUCAUGGACUGGGAGAAGGGGGAGGGAGACCCAUUUCCAUACUAUGUUUAUGGAGUUGCCUGUUCUGAAGUUGAAAUUGAUUGCCUAACUGGUGCUCACAAGAAAACCAGGACGGACAUUGUCAUGGAUGCCUGUUGCAGCCUAAAUCCGGCCAUUGAUAUUGGGCAGAUUGAAGGUGCGUUUAUUCAGGGAAUGGGCCUGUAUACAACUGAAGAGCUGCAGUAUUCCCCAGAAGGUGUCCUGUACUCACGGAGCUCAGAUGAGUACAAAAUUCCAACCAUCACAGAUGUCCCAGAGGAGUUCAAUGUCUCCCUCUUGCCAUCAUCACAAACCCCACUGACCAUCUAUUCCUCCAAGGGCCUCGGGGAGUCUGGAAUGUUCCUGGGGUCAUCUGUGUUCUUUGCCAUCAUGGAUGCGGUGGCUGCAGUGCGCAGAGAAAGAGAUGCAGCGGAGAACUUCACGGUGAAGAGCCCAGCCACGCCAGAACAAGUUCGAAUGGCUUGUGCUGAUCGGUUCACAGAAAUGGUGUUACAGUUUUUCAAGUGA